GGGCUGGGCGAGCCGAGCCGAGCCGAGCCGAGCCGUAGACGUGACGGUGGUGGUGGUGUGGAGGGAAUGUUCAGUGUGAUCUGUGCACUGACUUGUGUAUCGCCUCCCGGAGAAGAAUGUUGUCGGAGGAGCACAGUGGGUAUGACCGUUCUAGUCACUUUUAUGAAGGCAGGAGAGACGAAGGCCUCGGGUACAAUGGCCCAGGAGUUGGCCCUCCUGUGAUGCGCCGCACAUACCCCAAUGACCGGGACCAAGAUUUCCCCUCCAGGGGACGGUUGCGAGCGUAUAGCCGGGGCCCCUAUGGUGGAGGGAGGCCUGACCAGGGAGACUAUCAGUGGGGGAAUAGCCAGUACCGCUAUCUCCACCAGGACCCUUAUGUUGAGGAAAAAGUGGUGGUGCGCAGAGGGACGGUGCCCCCUACGUCAGCCUCCCCUCCUCCGCUCCCCCGGCCCUCGGUGCCCCGGCCCUCCAGAAACCACACAGGGAGCAGCAGCAUGAGCAAGAGGCGACCACCCAGCAGAUCUGGCUCAGAGUCACGAUCAACGAGCAGAAGCAGCAGCAGUAGCAGCAGCAGCAGCAGUAGUAGUAGAUCAACCUCAAGCAGUUCAAGGUCAUCCUCUCCAAGAAGGAUGAGCAUCUCUGGCCUGCCUAGUGGAGGACUCGUCAACUCUGGGGGCAUUGGCCUGAGCUUGCCCCAGGACGAGAAGAGACCUCUGGCUAUCUGUGUGAGGAAUCUUCCACCCUGGUCCACAGAAACAUCAUUGCGAGAAGGGCUGUUCCAUGACUACAAGAAGCAUGGGAAGGUAAUGGCUGUGCGUUUACAGGGUUCUGGCAAUGACCGCUUUGCUGUUGUCUGCUUUAAGAAGCCAGAAGAUGCAGAGAAAGCUCUUGAUGCCUCACGAGAGAAGCUUUUUUUUGGUGUCAAGAUCCAGGUUGCCCCACAUGAAGGAGUGGAACUGGAUGAGAGUGAAUGUCGAGCUUAUGAUGUAGAGGUGGACGAGUACCAUCCCAAGGCCACCCGUACUCUCUUCAUUGGCAACUUGGAGAAGGACGUCACAAUAGAAGACCUAAAAAAGCAUUUCGAACAGUUUGGGGAAAUUAUUGAAAUUGACAUCAAGAAGCAGAGUGUAUCAACGUUUGCCUUCUGCCAGUAUUCUGACAUCCGCUCUGUGGUGAGAGCCAUGAGGCAGAUGGAUGGGGAGCAUUUGGGGGCCAACCGGAUCAAACUGGGAUUUGGCAAGUCAAUGCCAACCCGUUGUGUCUGGAUUGACGGAGUACCUGAAAACUUGACCGAGAAACAACUGUAUGAACAGUUUUCUCGGUUUGGGCAUGUUAUCCAUACCGUCAUUGAUAGGGAAAAAGGACAUGCUCUCAUCUUCUAUGACACUGAAAAAUAUGCAUCCAGUGCUGUAAUGGAGAUGCGAGGCAGAGUGUUGAAUGGCCGGAAGAUACAAAUUGACUUUGCUUCUCGAGAAUGCCAAGCUGCCUUUUCUGAGCACCUCUCCAAACAAGGUCCUUCAGUACCUGCUGAGCGGCCGUGGGAGCGGCGAGAAAUUGAGAAGGAGCCUGGGAGGUAUGAAAGCUCCACCACCAGGUACAGCAGGUAUGAACGCACCAGGAGAGAUGGGGCUCCAUUUUCUUCCCGGCCCACUUCCAACAACAGAACAUCUGCCUAUAACUCUACCAACACUCGAACCAGAGGGAGAUAUGAGAACUAUGAUGAGUUUCCCCCUGGGAGAAGUUAUGAUGAAUUCAGCCAAGGCAGUGGGGCUUCAUACGAAGACUCGUAUGAAAGAGAGCUUCGUGAAUAUGCUGGAAGCCAGAGGUAUGGUGAUGGUGUUGGGGGUGUUGCCACUACCAAUGCUGUAUCAGGAAAUAGUCGGAGGCACAGCUAUAGUCCUGCAAGGAGGCGAGAUGAUCCCUCACCAGGCUCCCAGCGAGCUCAUUCCAGAGAUCGCAGCAGCCUGAGCCCAUCACCUCGUGUUUCUUACGAGGAUGGUGAGUCAGGGGGUCGUCGGACUGCCCGUCGCUCUACCAGUGAUCACGACAGCUUUCAUAGUCAGUCUCCUCCUGGGUCUCGCACUGCUUCUCCUCCACCACCAGCACGGCCAUCAAAAGGCAGUUCUGCUGUGACGUCACGUCUAGCACCGCCAAGGUCGCCAGGCACCCCCAUAGCUGCAUCUCCAUCACGGGAGGUGACCCUGUUGGAGGACAGGUCCCUCCCAGACCCACGGGACUACCGAAGACGCACCAGUGACCUGAAGGACCUGGUGGUAAGGGUCAGUGAUGGCAGACGGCCCACCCCUGCCGCACCUGCAGAGUCACCUCACCGCUCUAGCACCCAUCGACUCCAUCGCUCAUCCCACACUGAGGAUGGAGAGGAUGUGGUGAGCAGCAGCAGUGGAGGUGCAAGUGGCCCUCAGGACCCCAGGCUGGUGCACCGCAGACUGACUGAAGAUCCUGCUUCCUCUGGGGAUGAAAGACCCUCAGACCAGGAGCGCCCUCAUAAAAAGCCUCGUUACAAUGAUGCCAACUAUGAGAAGGUGGUCAGUGUAAAGCGAUUAGCUGAUAGCAGUGAUUCCAAUACAAACUUUCGGCGACCUCACGAUGCCAAGAGGGAAGGGAGGUUGGUAAGGCGAAGUGGGGAGACUUUACCACACCCUUCCAGGCAGUCUGAGGAAGUCCAUGAUCCUCGCUAUCGGAGAUCUUCUGUAUCUGAUGCGGAUGAUACACACUGGCGCCGCGAUGCCAUUCACGUGUCUUCCUCGUGUGACGCUGCCGCAGACCACAGUGAUGCCAGUCCUCCCGGCACCCCAGUCCGGGAUGAGAGGGAUGACUCGUCUGACCCCUUGCGCCAUACGUCACACCACCACCACCACCACCAUCACCACCACAACCAUCACCAUCAUCACCACAGAGAUCGGUAUCACAGCGUUCCCCUCUCUCUACCGUUGCCGAGGUUUGCACAACAAGUCCGUGCCCACCUGUCCCCACGUGCCGCCUCCACUUCUCCCAAAGGUGCAAGCUUGUUGAGGUCUCCGCCUUUCAGUGGAGGAGUGGUGUCAGGCGUGAGAGGAGACUCGAGAGAGGUUGGCAGUGCUGUGGUUGACACUCCUCUCUCACCAGGCCCACGGGACAGCCCCUCCGACUCAGAAGAAUCCCCUCUUCCCUCACCCUGUAGCCCCUCCAUUGAUUUAGAACAGCGAAUCCGUGCUCUUGAUGAAAAGUACGAAAAGUGGUCUGGGUCCUCAAGAGUGGUUGGUAACAACUUGCCUGCAUCAGGAAAUGAAACUGGUAGUGAUAAUGGAAACAGUGCAGCUGUCAGUGGAAACAAAAAUGCUCGAUUUGCAAGAAUACUUGAUCUUGAGGAAUUGCGGUCACAGCCGUCCGAUAUUGUUAAAUCUCUUCUUUCAAAAAGGUCAGUCUUUGAUGAGGAUAGUAAGCGACUGGAAAACGUUGGUGAUAAGUAUGAACCUAAGCCCUUCACGUCAGCUCCACGCACCAGUAGGGCAGGGAGUGUCAUGCCAAGCCCUCCUCUGGUCAACACACAUCUUCCUCGCCUUCCUUCUACCCCACCAGCUGUGCCCUCUGCCACACCUAUCAGCAGUCUGCCAGGUGUCAGAUUAUCCAAUCAGCAGGCACAGCUGCAACAGCCUGUCACUUCAAGUCCUUCACAAGUUCCUAGGGUGUUUGUAUCUGUCCCGCAGGUCAGUAAGUCUCAGGGAUUGUCACCGCUACAUAGACCUGCGGUUUCUCAGGCAGUGCGCCCACCUGCCUCCAGCCCUGGCUUUAGUCCUGGUGUCAGUCCCGGUGUCAGUCCUGCCCACCCACCACACAUGUCUCCAGUAACACCAGUCAGCCCUGCACCUCCUAUAACAACCACCUCUUCCAUCACUACUGCCACCAGUACUACCUCAGCAGUCACGCCUCUGAGGCGUGCUCCCGGGACACCUCGAGCAGUCCGGUUAGACUUGCCAGCUGCUGCGGGAGAUGUGGAGGAAGUGUUGGAAGAGGAAUCACCAGGUGGAGUUGUAACAGUUGUAGCUGAUACACGAGUGACAGGCGUGGUGUCCGUUACGGAGUCUGUCUCGAGCAGCAAAUCUGUGCUGACAACCACCUCUAGCCUCCAACAGCCACUGUCCAGCCCUGGUGCACGACCUGACCUUGAAGAGUCUGCACCACAUAAUGUACCUGAGAGGAGAGGUGUUAAUUCUCUCCCAUUAUUAGUAAAAGAAGAACCUCAUACUGAGGAGGCUGAGGACCCUGUACUACAAAGAGUCAAGGUAGAGCAGCCUAGAAUAGAGGAUGCUAAAACCAAAGAUUGUGUAAGGGAAGUUAAUGAAUGUAAGGAAAUGGUCAUAGCUGUUGCUUCAGAAACUCUUCCUUCACUAGUGAAAGAGGAACCUGUUGCAUCAGAAACUAUAAAGAAUGAACCAUUGAAAGUUGAAUCCUAUAAACCAGAGCCUAUAAAGGUUGAACCUGUGAAGGUGGAGAACAUCAAGGUGGAAGCAGUGAUGAAGUGUGAAGCCAAUAACAAAGAACUUACUAACAACCACAAACGUAGACACAGCAGCAUUGAAAAUGACCCGCGUUACAAAGUGGAUGUCAAAUCCUUUGAGCCAGACUCCAAGCGUGUCAAGUAUGAUGAUGAAGAGAAGAUACUUAGAGAAAAGGUGGGCAAGGAGAGAAGGGACUCACGUGACACCAGAGAUAAUAAGAAGAGUGAAAGGGAAAAGAAAAACAGGGGAGGAAGGCGAGAGGAGCUCCAAGAAAACCACAGUGACAAAAUCAACAACAGGACCUGUGAAAUUAUAGAAAACAAACAGAAAAGAAAACCUUGUGAGAGUAAAAUGGAGGAUAAGAAAGAGGAUGCCCAUAAGAAAGAAGAGAAGAAAGACAAAAGAAAAGAAAAGAUUGAAGAAAAGCCACACGAUAAAAUUGAUCCUCGGACAUUGGACAAGAUUUGUGAGAGGAAAAAUGAAGACCGGAAAGACAGCAGGAAAGAGGAGAAGAAAGAAGAAAGGAAGGAGGAACGAAGGGAUGAGAAGAGAGAAGAAAAAUAUGAUGACAGAAGAGAUGAAAGGAGGGAAGAGAAGAAAGAAGAGAGGAAAGACUCCAUCCGAGAGGAAAGAAAGGAUCCUUUCCGAGAAGAAAGGAAAGACUCCAUUAGAGAAGAAAGGAAGGAUUCCAUCCGUGAAGAAAAGAAGGAAUCCCUUCGAGAUGAAAGAAAAGAAUCCAUCAGAGAAGAAAGAAAGGAAUCCAUCCGAGAGGAAAGAAAGGAUUCUAUACGAGAAGAAAGGAAAGAUUCCCUUCGAGAGGAUAGAAAGGACUCCAUUAGAGAAGAGAGAGUCAAGAGUGAAGGUGACAAGAGGCGGCACAGUGAAGACAAGAAAUCUGAGCUUCGGGAACAGAAACACAAAGAGAGAAAAGAUAAAUUCAAGGAGAAGGAGAAAGUCAAGACCUCGACAUCAAGGUAUGAAAAAGAAGCUGAAAAAGAACGGAUACGAGAGAAAGAAAGAGAAAGGGAGAAGGAGAAAGAGAGAGAACGUGAAAAAGAGGAAGAAAAGGAGAAGGAAAGGGAGAAAAUGUUGGAGAAAGAGAGAGAAAAGGAAAGAGAAAAAGCAAUCGAGAAAGAAAAAGCUGCUGAAAAGGAGAGAGAAAAGAUGCUUGAGAGAGAACGGGAAAGAGAAAAGGCAAUGGAGAGAGAAAGAGAAAAGGCCAUAGAGAGAGAAAAGAUGGCUGAAAGGGAAAGAGAAAAAGCCCUUGAAAAAGAACGGGAAAAGGCCAUUGAGAGAGAGAGGGAAAAGGCUGCUGAAAAGGAAAGAGAAAAGGCUGUAGAGAAAGACAAGAAAAAAUCCUCAGAAAAAGAAAGGGAGAAAUUAGACAAAGAAAAGGUUUAUGAAAAGGACAGAGACAAAGUUCAAGAGAAAGAACGGGACAGAGACAGAGAUCGGGAGAAGGACAAGAUGAGGAGCAAUGAGAGACCUCGAGACAGGGACAAGGAGAGGGUGCCAAGGGUGAACCACCGUGAUGCGACAGAACGAGCAGAUGGAAGGAGAGACAGUAGACACAACAAUGACCGCCACAAUGACAAGCGCAGGGACUCCCGGCACGAAGUAUCUGUAAGACACCACCACAGAUCCUAUGAUAGCCAUGACACCAAUGACACUACUUCCAAACACAAGAUGCGCAAGACACGGCUCCUGGACACAGAUGAGGAGGAUGCCCCAGAGGCUAGCAAGGUGUCUUCCAUCCACUAUUCCAGCAGUGAGGACACUGUGAUGCCCAACCAUGAGCCCUGUUCCACGCGCAUUGAUGACUCGGCCCAUCGCCCGGACAAAGCAACAGAGGCUCUGCGGGAGGAGUCAGAGGAGAGGCGGGUGGAACGUACAAGAGACAAUCGACGGCGAAAACAUGACUCUGGUAAAAGUGAUAAGAGUGAUGGAGAAGCCAAGUCAAAAGUGAGCUUGAGCAGAGUCAAAACAACCCCUCCUCAGCCUGUACGAACAAAGCCCUGCCUUGACUCCCAUGAACCCCAGGUGGCUCCCAGUGAUGUGCCAACCUCUGAGGAUGAGGUGUCUAGGGCCAAAGUUACUCCAGCUUCCAGACGAAACAGUACUAGCAAUAAGUCUCACCAGCAGCAUGGAAGAAUAGGAGGGACAGGUCAGAAAAAUAAGCAUAUAAACAAAGCAAAGUCUAUAUUUGAUCCUGAGACGGAUUCAUGUGGCAGUCUCACAGGAUCUGGAGGAGAGGAAGAUGGGGAAGAGGAGCAGGCGCCAAAGAAACAUUCAAUCUUUGACAUACCUGCUGAUGAUGGCAAGUUUGACAUGUAUGACAAAGUAAAAGCAAGAAGGCUGAAAAGACAACAAAAACAAGAAGAAGAGAGACGGCAACAAGAAAUGAAGCAGUUACAGGUGCAGAAAUAUCGCCAGCAUCAAAGAGCAAGGAAAGAAAAGAAGUCCAUUCAGCCUCUUCAUUCUGAUAUCUCAGACUCUGAAGAAGACGGGGAUGGCCACAACCGAGGUCAGAAGCGAGGACUCAUCAGACCAACCAGCUCGGAUGAGGAUGCUCUGCGGAAAAGGCGGUCAACCCACUUGACCUCUGAUGAGACUGAUGAAGAUUCUAGAGAAGUUAAAAAGCAGAUGGUAAUUGGCUUCAAGAAAGAUCCAAAAAAUAAGUUGAGGAACAUUUUAGUUUCAGAUAUAACCACGGAUGAAGAAGUGACCAUGAACUCUCCUAACUACCAUAGUGGAAUAAGGUCAAAUUGCAUCAAUGAUGAGUCUGUUGAUAUGGUCCGCAGUCAUGCAGACAAUAUGUUUAUUGACUCUGAUACUGAGAGUGAUGCACAUAUCAAGAGGCCCAACAAAUGUGUGCGACAGCCUGAAUCAGACAGUGAAGUGUCUGAUGUUUCUUCUCACACCAAACCACCAAAGCCAGCAGCCAGGGUAAAAGUUCGAGACAAGGAACGAAAACCUAGCCGUAUGCGGGAGAAAACAAAGAAGGGCAUAAGCAUCAGCAAAGAGAUCAUCACUACUUCAGAGGACAGUGAUGCAGCAAUGCCAUCUGAGGACUCCCGACCAGUGAGGCCCAAGGUCAAGGCAGAAGCAGUAGAGAUCCGACAUGAUAAGACCCUCUCUCAGUUACAGAGAGAAAGGAAACGCACAACUGAGAGUACCAUCAUCAGGGAUAAAGUUCCUUCUAAGAAAGAUGAAAGGAUGGAAAUUAUAUUUGGUCACAUAUCUGAUGAUUCAGAUCCAUCUCCAAACUUGCCUAAUGUCUGCCCUGCAUCAGCCACUGCAAAAAGGAAAGGCUCUACCUCCUCAGGAACUUCUACAGCCCCACCUCCUUUGUCUCCUGCCCAGACCAGGCUAACUGUCGGUGAAGUGUACGAUUCAGAUUCUGAUGAUCUUCAUAUGAUGCCAGCAUCUAGUGCACCAAAACACAGUCACUUACAUGGAAAGCCAACCACACAAGAAGUCUCUCCAAGUACUGAAAAUAAGAUGGAAAAUAAAGUUGAUAGCAAAAUUAUAGAUUUCAAAACAGAGGAGCGUAGAAGCAUAAAGAAAGAAAGACCACGCCAUGAUCCACCACCUCCCCCACUAGAUGGUCUGAGAACAGUUAUGGAAGUGGAGAAAAGUUGUAGCGGCAAUACCAUUACCAACAAUGCUGCCAGUCCUGGCAUAACUUCUGUAAAUGCUAGUCCUGUUGAAGAAAAUAGUAGAACAGAUGUGAAAAUGCCAGUGACCAAAGAGGAUCAUGAAUACCAUGAUUCAGAAGCCAGCAUCAACAUGGAUAUGUUUCGAAUCACUGAUGAAGACUACAGCGAACAAAGGGAUUCGCGUAAGGACAGGAAAAAGAAAAAGAGACAGAAAAGAGACAAGGAUGGGAGUCGUGGUCGAAGGCACCACCGCCGUAUGGAAGAAGACCGUGUGGGUGAAAAUAAAAUGGAUCAUCAUGGCAUUGAACAUUCCUCUUUGUUAUGUUUGGAUGCAGCCUCUCCCCAGUCGCAGGAAAUGCCAUCACCACGUUUACUCAGUCCCCAAGAAAAGGUAAAAGUAGAUCAUAGAGCACCUAUUCCACUCAGCAGUCCUCACAGCCCACCAGUAGCUGCUCAGCCUGCUACCCCCCUUAGCACCACCACUAAGUGUGCACCAAAGAGUCCUCCAGAACCACCCCCCCACCAGAGUCCUCACACUCACACCCUCACACACGAUACUCAGGAAUUAGUAGAAUCCAGAGAGAGCAGUGACUCCUGUGACCUGAAGGAGAGCCGCAGCCCUCACCCCCUUGCCACCCUUCCUCCAGAUGCAGCAGAGUCAGCAGUACAAAGUCUUACCACUCAAGUACCCUCUUCAUCACCUUCAACAGGGAAUGAGCCAGUAUUUGAGGACAUAACUGAAGCCUCUAAUCUUAGUGCUCCAGAAUCCACUGUUGAUCCAAAUGCUGCUGCAAAUGGGAAAGCUUCAAGGGCUGUUAUCUCCCAGGAAGAGACACUCAAUGCUGUGGCAGGCCUCUUAGCAUGCUAUGGUGGCUACAGUGAUGAUGCAAGUGUGCAGCCAAAUGUUGAAGAUACCAUAAUGCCCCCAGAAAAUCCAGCAGUUGCUGAUGAUGCCUUUGAAGAGGCACAAAAGGCUGCCCAAAUGCUGCAGUGUGAAAUGCCAGGAGAUAGAGAGGAUGGCUGGUCUCAGCCACCACCCCACAAUCCACCAUCCUCCCCUGUGAAAAGUGCAGAAGAGCCAGAGCCACAGCCAUUGGUGCCUCAGGAGGACAUGGAAGAAGGACAAAAUCCUGAAACGGAAGAAGGCAGGUAUGCACAGCUGCCACCAGACAGUCCAGGGUCUGUUCAAUCUGAGCCUCCAUUACAGAUUGACGAAGAUCAGCCUGAUCCUGCAGACGAUGGAGAUUCUUCCAUGUUGACUGCCGAAGACCAAGAAGACCAGAAUAAUACUCGGCAUGCAGAAAGUGAAUCAAGAAGUCAGUGUCCACCUUGGUCGUCACCUCCAAAUCCAGCUGUUGUCACAGCUCCAGAAUUGAAGAAAGAAGUUGUUAGUGAGGGUAAUGACCAAAAAGUAGUGCAGCCAGGAAAGGAUGACAAGGUUCCUCAGAGUCCUGUGAUUCCUUCUCAAAAGUCCACUGACAACAGUUCAGUAGAUGCUGCCUUGGAAGAACAGAGUCGACUAAAGAGCAGUGCUCCUGAAGUGCCUGCCUCCUCACCUACACAGUUGGCAGUAAAGCUGACCACUGAGGCAACCUUACCACCAGCAGUAGUGCCACCUUCAAAAACACCUUCUACUCUCUCAACAACAAAAUACCUGUCAUCUUCAUUGGAUUCUACUAAAUGCAUAGAGACACCAAAGUCCACAACAAUACCAAUUACAAGCACAGUAACUUCCGUACAGUCAUUACCUGUUGUAGAGAAGCCUGAUAUGGUCUCUUGUAAACCAAAGGAGCCACCACCUCCACCUGUCACUGUAGCAUCACCUUGUCAUAAGAUGGAAAGUUUUGUGUCAGAGAGUUCAGCUGUGUAUUCCACCUCCACUUCAAGUCACACAAAUUCCUUGUUAAGCACUUCAAGCACCACCAUCACUACCACAUCCUCCCUUUCUGCUUGCUCUCGUGUUGUAGAUGAUGUUUCUAAAGGAAAACUAGAUAAUAAUCAAAUAAAUAGAACAGAAACUGUUUCUAGGACAGAGCCAAAUUUGCCUAUCACCAUUCCAUCACAUAUUCCUCCAAGAGUGUCCAGUGUGUUUUCAAAGAAUUCAGUGAACACUCCUGUGUAUGCAAGCCCCAAGAUAGUGUCCCCAUCAUUAUAUUCCCAGGUUUCAUCUGCAGCACCUUGCAUCACUACAGCCUCAUCAAAGCCUAGUGUUACUCCUGUUUCAGAUUCUCCUUCACUUCCAUUGGUCAAAGCCACUCAGCCUCCCAUUCCCACCUCAUUUGCUGUAUCCACCUCGGCUUCUGUUUCAGCUCAUAACACUAUGGCCACAUCAGUUGUAACAUCCUCUGUUGCAAUGGUUGCAUCAGUCCAGCCUCCUCCUGUGUUGCCUCCUUCCUCAACACACCACACCUCCUCUUUACAUUCUCCCUUAUCUACACACCCUCCCACCUCUACACACCUCCCAUCCUCUACACACCCUCCCUCUACACAUCCUUCCUCCUCUACACAUCUUCCCUCUUCUGCUCAUCCUCCCUCUUCUGCUCAUCCUCCUCCUUCUGCUCAUCCUCCUUCUUCUGCUCAUCCUCCAUCCUCUGUACAUCCUUCCUCCUCAAUACACCCUUCCUCUUCUGCUCAUACCUCCUCUCUACAUUCUGCUGCUCAUCCUUCUUCCUCUGUACAUCCUCCCUCCUCUGUACAUCCUCCCUCCUCUGUACAUCCUUCCUCUUCUGCUCAUCCUCCCUCUUCAAUACAUCCCCCAUCCUCAUUACAUCCCCCCUCCUCUACACAUCCUUCUUCUUCAGUACAACCUCCCUCCUCUGUACACCCUUCUUCUUCUGCCCAUCCUCCCUCCUCCACACACCCUCCCUCUUCUGCUCAUCCUCCCUCUUCUGCUCAUCUUCCCUCUUCUGCUCAACCUCCCUCUUCUGCUCAUCCUUCCUCUGUACAUUCUUCCUCCUCUGUACAUCCUUCCUCUUCUGCUCAUCCUCCCUCUUUAGUACAUCCUCCCUCUGCAGUACAUCCUCCUAUCCCUGCACAUCCUCCCUCUUCUAUACAUUCUCCCUCACCUGUACAGGUUUCAUCAGGUUCUUCCUCUGUGACGUGCAACACAAGCUAUAGCUCAAGCCCAAUAUCUAUUGCCACCUCAGUGCUCACUCAUACUUCAUCUGUUAAUUCAUCUCCAAUUCCUACUGUUUCUUCUCCAUCAACAGUCUCACCUACUACACCAGAUACCAUUUCAGUGACAAAAUGUUCCCCUCCCAUGCCAACCCCUACUUUCAUACCCGUUCCUAUCACUGGACCAGUUCCUCCAUCUGUACCUAUUCCAGCCAAAGAACCCAAAACAGCUACAGAGCCUUCUGAAAUCAUUGACACAAAACUUAUCCUUGGCAAAACAAAUGAUGACAUUAAACGUGAUUCAGAUAAGAUAACUGAACCAUUUAGCAGUGACUCAUUAUCUACUAGUAUACCUUCCUCUAUAACAGACAACAAAGUAAUUGAUUCAAAGAGUAAUUUAGAGCCACAGAUAACAAUGAAUAUGACAGGAAAGGCAGAUAGUGUUAUGAUACAACCAAAAGAAAUUGAAGGUACACCCUCUGUUAGUGGAAGGCCCACCUCAGAUACUAUUAAAAUUGAGGGACCAAGUAAUAAUAUGUCUGUCGAAAAUUCUUUGGCUAAUCUUCAGACCAUUAUGAGUGAGACAGCAACCCAACCUGACCUUGAGAAAGCAUCGCAGCCUGACAGAGAAGAGGCGUCCCUGUGCAUGAAGGAGGAGUUCAGCAGUGAAGACCUGCCACCCAAGCCAUCCAGUCCUCCUCAACCACAAGAUGAUUUUGCAAAGCUAGAACAAGUUUGCUUAGAAAUUCAAAACCAAAACCAAGAUUCAAGCACAGAAAACAAGGCCAUUGAACCUGAAGGCAUAUCAGAAAUUGGAGAGAAGGAUGCCAAGCUUGAAGAUCGUUUGAUCACUGCACCCCGCGGUCGAGGGCGAGGCCGCGGCAGACGGGGGGGAAGAAAAGGUGCUGACGUGCAAGAAGACGUGCCAGGUGCCGGUCUUCCAGUCACACGUUCUGGGGCAGCCGCUCGUGGUAAAGGUCGAGGACGGGGACGUAACACACGCAACAGUGAAAGUCAAAAGGAUGGGGCUCAGCCUGAUCCUGGCAUCCCUGCUCCUGUGGAUAAGGCUCUGCCGGAACCAAGGCGCAGCAACAGGACCAAGAGGGCUCGACGACAUCCGGACAUGGUAGACCAUGAGGAGACCAGUGGCCGGAGACGGAGGGGUCGGGGCGGUCGAGCUGUUCAGGCAGAGGAGAGCCGUCCUAUGCCCACUCCUGCAGCUUCUGAUGUGUAUGACUUUCAUGAAUCAGAAGAUGAAGAUAUCAACUUGGGACUUGCCAAGCCCAAGAUCAAGAAGGAACCGACACGGGCUGUUGUCAAUCGCAGUCCAGUCAAGCCUGAAGUGGAAGAAGUUCGCAGAGUGGAGGGUGAUGAAAUGCGUUCUGCAGUUCCAACAACCAGAAGGUCAGGACGCCUGCGUGACAAGGUAUCUGAGGAUGAUCUGGCAGUGGAAGGUGAAGAUGGCAACACAAGUGAAUCUAUAGUUAUACUAGAUAGUGUUUCUACUGCACAGCCAUCACCUGUACCCACCACUAUACCUGUUGCCUUACCAACAAGCUUUGCCCCUGCAACCCAGAUCAUUCCAGGCAGAGGCAGGGGCAAAGGUAAACAUCGUGAUAUAGACAUUAAGUGUGAUGGAGACCUGGAUGAUGAUCCAGCAUCCCGCAGGAGCCCACGCGGCCGCUCUCGCCCUCUAGACUCACAGCUGGAAGGUGAAAAGCCUGGAUUUGGUCCUCCUAUGACCAUGUCCACCAUCAGCACAGCAUCCACAAGCAUAACCACUGUGGGAAGCACACCAGCACCUGGUGGAACCACCUUGGUAACGCCAUCAGCUGAAGAACGGAAGUCUGAAGCUGAACUUGUGGACCCUGUGACAGGUGUUGUGACUAGAGUAAAAGUGUGUGAAGAAGGGCAGUAUGUCACAGAUAGUGGAGAGGCGACAUUACCACCAACAUCUCAUCCUCUACCAAGUACAGAAAGUCACUCCAAGCCAGUAUUUGUUCCUGCAACUGUCAAUAGCAAUAAUAAUGUAACCACAAGCAGUAGUGCCAGUGUAGAAGUACCUCACAUAACCACAAUGGGAAGUUGGUGCAGACCUGGAGUAACAAUGACUGUUGUCAGCAGUAAUGUAGUCAGUCCAUUGAUGAGUGUGGGACGUGACAGGGAAGUUAGUGUUGAGCUGGUGACACGGCCCCCUCGGCCCUCUCUUCCAGUCUCGACACAGUCAACAGGGAGUGUUCCCACUUUAGUGCCCACUAUGUCGGUCAGCGCCUCACCUGCUGUGACUCAUGCCAUCGCCUCAGCUCAUCAGCCACCACCUGUCCAUUCCAACCUGUCAGCUGUGGUGACUCUAGGGGCUGCACCUCGCCCUUCAGCACCCGCGUCGGUCUACCUCAGCAAGAUAAAGCCUGGCCAGCCACCUCUAUCACAGCAGCAGCAACAGCUGCAGCCACAAAUGCAACAACAACCAAUUUCACAACAGCAACAGAACUUGCAGCAGCAGCGAUUGCAAAAACAGAUGACACAGCAGCAGCAAAUGUCAGCAGCUUCUGUACCUCAUUCCCAGCCACAGGUGAAGUCUACACAGAUAAAGAGUGUGACUGUCGUCUCAUCAGCUCCCAAACAACUAGGAAACCAUGUACGCAAGACCAGUGUGGGUACACCCGCAUCAGGUUACUAUCCACAGAAGUCCAUACAGACAAACCCGGGAGUGACGCUGAGUCCUGUUGUGUCUCGUCCUGCUGUUGUGCCCAAGACCACCACCACCACCACAGUCAGCAGCCAGCCCCUGUCUUCUGAAUUGGUCAUAGAGGGACGCUCCCAUCCACCAGCUCCAGCGGGAACGUAUGAACCUCCACAUGCCAGAGUGGUUUCCACCUCUGCUAUUGAAGAGACUCCAGGACAUCCGAGAGUAUUUUUGGGGGAGAAACAUACUGUUCACAGAGAAUACAUAGGGAUGGGAGUUCAUCCACGUUAUACCAACCAACCAUUUUUGGAACCACCACGGGUUGAUGUUACCAGAUUGUCAGGCUCAUCUCCAUCAACUCCAUCUCCUGCUGGCAGGACACACGAGUCGGAACCUCACGCCCCAUCCCAUCAUCCUGCCAUGGCUGGAUAUGAAAUACAUGCUGUUGCUGCUGCUGCUGCCCACAGUCACAGUCCAGCUGCCCCAAUGCCUGCUACCUCUGUCCCAGCUGCCCCUAAGAGUGGCCUGAGUCACUUCUACCAUGUUGGGGAUGUUGGAGAGUACCAGCAGCAACAUGUGGCUCUCCACCACCCCCACCAUCCAAAACAACUUACUGCUGGAGGUGGUGGGGGUGGGAGUGGCAGUGGUGGUGGAGGAAGUGGAGGUGGAAGUGGGGGAGGAGGCAGUAGUACUGGCAGUAGUGGUGGAGGAACUGGAAGUGGCAGUAGUGGUGGUGGUGGAGCUGCAGAGCGCUACCGUACAUCACCUCCGCUGUCCACUCCUCCCUCCGCUCACACUCCCCCUCCAGCCCACCAACAUUCCCAUCAGGGUGAGAUGAUGCGCAAUGUUCCCCCCCAGUACCUGCAGCAUGUGUAUCCAUCACAGUACUACGGGAUUUACAGUGGGGAAAAGAUUAUAACACCAAUGCCUCUGGACAUGAAGUUGGAGAAAGGUGAGUCUGAGAAGCACGAACCACGAUCUGGCACUGGCACCCCUGGCCCUGCUGACUAUCCUCCCAGGCCGGGUGGAGCACCACCAGCAGCAACUCUGGUCCCACGGGGGCAGUCCUCCCCACAUGUGAUGGCGUCCCCGCACCAUGACCGCUCCACUGACUCUCCACAGGUGGCCAUGGUAUAUUCGAGGCUGUACGACCGCUACUACUACCCUGGAAGAGCUGGCACUCCUGGGGCGCCCAGCUCAGCAGAACAUGAAGCCCGCAGCCACAUCUCCUCUCCCUCAGCUCCCCCACAUGUGUACCAGACCAUCCCACCUUCUGACGUUCACCACCAGCCAAUGGUUCCAAUAUCCUCUCAGCAGUUCUCAUCUCAGCAACUUCCACCACAAUUACAAGUUCUGCUUCAGGGAUCAGAUAUUACUUGGGUUGGACUGCUUGGACUCAAACAAGAUCAUGCUGCUGUGCAAAUGUUGUAUGUGUCAGGCAGCAAUGAUGUGGCCCGGGGAGCCCUGCGUGUGCACCCAGAUGGCUUCACUUCUCCCAUUAGAAUUGGACAGCGUAUGAGACUUGAACAGACCCAACUUGAAGGAGUAGCCAGAAAAAUUCAGAUGGAGGCUGAACACUGCAUGCUGCUGGCUGUUCCACAUGGACGAGACUCCUUUGACUUCCUUCAGCAGCAGAACAGCCUCCGCAAUGGCAUAAUCAACUACCUGAUAAUGAAGCAGGCUGCUGGCAUUGUAAAUGUCUCUGCGCCAGGAACACAUCAGCCUGCAUAUGUGGUUCACAUCUUCCCACCAUGUGAUUUUGCCAACGAAAACCUUGCCAGAAUUUCACCGGACUUACUACACCGAGUGGCAGAGAUUUCCUACCUACUCGUGGUGAUUGCCACCUGCUAAGUGGGAUGUCUCUCCAUCUCUUAUCACAACAAGACUUUGAGCAGCAAUUAAUUUGUCUGUCUCACAAAACUGAUAAUGACUUCCAAUAUCAUAUUUUCCAAUUUGAAGUACACGGAAGCUACAUAUCCGAAUGGGAUUAAAAAUUACAAAUUAAAUGGAAAGUUCCUAAAAUAUUAAAUUGUGGGUGUGUUAAUUUGUAAGGAAAAACUUUCUGAAAACUAACUUGGAAAUUAGUUAAAACGUAGAGAAAACAAACAGUCAUUAUUUGAUCAUGGAUGCGCUUAUUGGACCAAAAAAAGUAUGCACAGUGUGUUUUCAAAUAGUGCAUUGGAAAAUGAAGAAAAUUCAUUGUUGAAAAACAAUAAGAGUUUGUGGACAGUGUACUAUGUAAAGAGCAGGUGUAUGUACAUUGGUGAGUGAUGCUUGGUGUGAGUUAAGAGAAAAGUGUUGGUAUUCAAAGAAAGAAGUUAGUUUUCAUUAACUUAGUAAUUACAGAGAUUCCAGAUUUGGUGAAUGUAAUUAGUUUUGAAUAAUUUCCUCAGAACAAGACAUUUAAGGAUGCCUUAAUACAGGUGUGAUUUAUAUGAAAAUGAGAAAAAAAAAGAGAGAGCAUUUAUGAGACAUUAAACAGGAAUACAUGUUGUGUUAGAAGACUGUGGAAAUGAUAGAUUAAUGUCACUGUUGUGUUUUUGACUGUUUUGUGUAAGCAGCUUGCAACAUCCAGAUGUUCCUUUAACCACAAUGUAUAUGAACUCCAUAUUAUCAGUAAGCAGUGGUGUGGCCAAGUAUGGUGCAGGGGCCUUGUCUGUUAUGCUACACUGCUGCUUUAAAAGGAUGCACUGAAGGACAUACCAAAUAAACAUUAUCAUGACUCACUUCACAAGAGUGAUGUAUGAGUGUUGUGUAAGUUGUGCAAGACACAAAUUUUGUGUGGCCUAACCAGCCCUGGGCCCAAUGGUGCCCACAUGCCGCCUAUGGUAUUUAGAUGAACUGUAUAGUUGUACAUAUUGACAUGAAUUGUAGAAUAAUUCUUUUUUACUAUUCAUUUUGGUGGAACUGUACUUAAAGAAGCUGCCACAACCACCAUCAUGAAGAGGUGAUUCACACACAGCUUGAUCUUGAAGCACAGGUGAAGCUGUGUGUAUUUCCAAAUGUUAUUCAUGUGUGCACACUGCACUCAGGGUGGCUGUGUGCAGCAUGCUGUUAUUUUGUGUGCAGAUCUACGCAUGGAGUCACCCUGAUUUAUUUAUUAUCAGCCAUCUUGAUCAUAAUUCAUCCAUCUCAUCCACACUCCCCCUCAUAAGCAAUGCUCUUCUUACCAGUUCUCCACAGACAGAUGCACAUACACCAAAUCUUUUACUUCUUAAUUGUGUCAGAGGUAUUUAGUACUUUCUUGGUAUAUAUUGUCUAGCUAAACUUUCUUCCCCAUACUGAUGCUUGCCCCCUUCCUUGCCUUCUCAGCACAGCCCUCAGGAACCUUCUGUUAUCUUGCUGCAGCACUUACACUAAGGCAUCCCAUAAUCCCUGUGUGUCUGCGUUUCUUAGGUGCAUUUCUUCAUUUGUAAAAAUCAUGACCCAGUGUCAUGAAUGUGUUGCAGAUGUAUUUCUUCCGAUAAUACAGUGGCCACUCCAUUAUUUGAACGUUGUCUGGAGCAUAAAGUGCAAUAUGAAAAUUUCACACAUUGUGCAACACUAAUUGUUCAGUAUUUUUAUUACGGCAGGGUUCCAGGAUUACUUCACUGCAUUGCAACAUUUUACACCAUGUACAGUAUUACAUAACUAAAACCAAGAACACGUGGCCCACAGUACCAAAAAGAUAGACUGAAAUACUUCCUCCCUUACCUGGCAGAGUAUGACUUGUGUCCCAUGUGAAAUUCAGUCAGAAAAGCAAACCAGACAUAUACUAUUGCAGUUAGGUGAAAGGACAGCAGAUAGGAAACAUAACCUUACUUGUAGCUACUUUUGGGUGCUCCAGAUAGUUGCAUUCUGUAUUCUUAAGUGGAAUAAUUCUCUCUCUCUCUCUCUCUCUCUCUCUCUCUCUCUCUCUCUCUCUCUCUCUCUCUCUCUCUCUCUCUCUCUCUCUCUCUCUCUCUCUCUCUCUCUCUCUCUCUCUCUCUCUCUCUCUCUCUCUCUCUCUCUCUCUCUCUCUCUCUCUCUCUCUCUCUCUCUCUCUCUCUCUCUCUCUCCAAUAUUUGAUUAGUAGUGAAAUUAAUUAAUUUUUUUAGACUGUUCAUAUUUGUUUGACUGAAUGCUAUGAGUUAACUUGUAGAAGAUUUAAAAAUAAAAGCAACUUGAAAUUUCUUUUCUCUGCAAGGAUAUGGGUUGCAACUGUUCCAAGUAUGUGAGUGGCCAUUGUAUUACAUCUAUAUUAUUUAUUCUGUUGAAAGUUCCUUCAUGGCUUAAAGAAAUAUCAUGCAAACAGGGCUUACAUUUUUUCUCUUCAAAAUGCCUAUUAAGUCUUGCUUCUCUAUCCCAAUACUUGAUUAAGGUGUCAGAUUCUCAUAAGGUAAGAAGGCGCUUAAUGCGGAUUAACCUGCCGCUGUUGUCACUUUGUUAGAUAUUUAAAAACUAUCACAAAGUAUUUGGUUUAGAGUUGAACCUUCUCAUUUCUGCACUAUUUUUAGUUUCUCAGCAGAAUUCACUCUAUUGUGUGUUUGCUCAAGAAGUUAGCGGAAUUCUAUUUUAACUCUUUAUUAAUAUUAUGUAUAAUGUGGCAAAUAUAUUUUUGAUGUACAGUUUGAAAAUGUGAAAAAUGUUUAAAUGUAAGUGUACUUGUUAAGUGUUGCAUAAAAGAGAUAUGAAGUGUGUCUGAGGCGUUUGUAAAUAGGUCUAAAAAACUUUUAGGCUGUGAUCCUCAGUUCUCUAGAAGCUUCUUUGGUCAGAAAAUUUAUUGACAAGUCCAGUGACCAAUUUAAAUUAUUUCAAAACCCAAUAAAGAUCACAAUGGAAUA